AUGAAAGCAAUCGCGGAAACGAAAAAAGAAGAGCCAAUUGGAUCUAAGACGUCUAGAGAAGAUGUAGGCAAAUCUCGAUCUCAACACAGUUUUCAUCCGACAAAUUUCAACGAUUUGAAUGCGCAAUCGUCGACACUUUCACCUGAUAAUAAUGAUUUAAUUGAAUUUUUUGAAUCAUCUUCUCAAGAAUCUAUGCGUGAUGUUUUUAAUGAGGCUCAAAUGGAAAUUUCUUCAUAUUCUGAUAUUUCUGAUAUUUGCAGAAACGAAUCUUAG